GCAAGCGUAGUUCAAACUCGGCCGCCAUAUUCGUCGUGUCAGACGGAGUGCAGUGCACGGCUGUGACAUGUUUAAUCGUAAACUGCAUAUGACAUCGAAUAUUAAAUGGUGCUUGUUUUAGUUAGCGGACAUACCGAAUAUGCGAUUUGAUGGAAACCUGAAUGGAUACUCGCGACGUUUGUUCCGAAACAAACGUAUAACGAACAGUGCAUUCAUGUGUUUAUGAUAACAGAGCGUUUUAACGAUAAUCCUCGGUCGUGUAUUGUUUUCUGUAAACUUCAUGCGGUAACUGGUGCAACUAAGUGGUGUUAUGCAACACAACAUAACCGUGACCUUCGUGUAUCGUGACCGUGCUUCAGGUGCUUUUGAGGUUAAAAUGCAGCUUGGAUUUUGAGCGACUGCGCCGAGCCAUCAGAUUGGCGCGCACCGAUGACCGACGAAUCAGAGGCGGCUCGGGCACGGCGCGCGCCUGCGCCCGCGCCGCCGCCGCGGCAGAGUUCGCGCCCGCCCGAGCCGCGGCCGCGCACGCAGCUGCCCGACGCCGCGCUGCCACCGCCGCCGCGUCUCAUCCGCCCCUCCGAACACCUCGCCAUCGUCGAGCGAGCCAUGCACCAGCAAAACCAACAGCAUCUGUCCCCAGACCGCUCUGGGAGAUCAGAUGCGGCCGACCGCCGACUACCACACAGUCCAGAAAAUCUUGCCGAUCGAAAUCGACCCAUUCAUAGCCCAGAGAAACUGGAGCGAAGGUCGACUGGGCCGGAUAGUCUUGCCGUUGAAAGAAGGCAACAGGAUAGGGUGGAGAGGGUUGUGGACCGUAGACAGACGGUGCCGCAAGCGGAGAAUGUGGCGGUAGAGAGGCGGCCGCCGCACUUGAUGCCUGCAGUGACGGUGGUGCAGGGCCCGCGGCCGGCGCUGCCGCCCCCGGUGCCGGGCCACAGGGCGGUCGCGCCGCCGCCAACGAGGAUGCCGGCGCCCCAGCCCGUGAUGCGGUUACCGCAACCCAGGAGAGAGAUACAGCAACCCCCCGCUGCGCCGCCACUGGCCCUGCCUGCGCCGACGGCUGCGCCCGCGCCGGCUGCGUCCCUCGCCGCCGCGCCGCGCACCAUCAUCAUCCAGCGCCCCGACGCUCGGCACGGUUUCGGAUUUACGCUCCGACAUCUCGUCGUCUACCCACCGGAGUCUUUACAGGAGUUAUAUGAGGAUGCGCGGCACCUCGCGGUGGGCGCGGUGGGCGCUCCGAUGGACACGAUCUUCGUGAGGUCCGUGCGCCCGGGCGGGCCAGCGGCCGCGGCCGGCCUGCGCGCGGGGGACCGCGUGCUCGCAGUCAACGGAGAGCCCGUCGCUUGCGGUCGGUCGAGGGCCCCCUACGCGAGGGUCGUGCAACUGGCACAGAGAGAGCCUCGCACGCUCAGGCUCACUGUUGUGCCGAGAGACCACGACUUGUUGCAACGGUAUUUCAGCGAAGCCGCUUACAACCCAGAGUCAAACCAGCGAGCUAUAGAAAUGCCGGCACCAAUCACCGAACACGAAUCGCGGCUGUUCGACGCCUACCGGAGGCCUAGGGCUGCGCUGCCAGCCCCGCAGGCUCCGGUCAGACAUCGGGAAGAACCCGAAUAUGCGAGCGUCGCGUCUCUUACCCCGUCGCGGUAUGAUAUGCGACUUAGCAGUACACCGCACUAUCUAUUACAUGAUAGUGACAUCUUUGAUUUCAGCAGACGGGAGUCAGACACGUCACUGCCCUCAUCGGCAACAGAAAGUAAGGACAGUCUCGGCUCUUUCGACUCCAACUCGACACUGACCGGGCGAGAAAUCGACGACUCGAUCAUCCUCUCCCGAAUACGAAAGAGCCUUGAACAGAAGGAAGCCUUCCUUAGAAGACCGAGCCAGCCUACUGGUUGGGUGACCCCUGAUGCUCCUCCACCGAUUAAACAAAAGGAGUUCUAUGCCAGACCACAGAAGCUUCAAAAACCAGCGUGGCCGCCGCCUGCUGCGUCGCCUCCACUCACCGCCUCCCCUCCGCCUUCGAUCCCAUCCCAGGAUCAGAAGAAAGAAGAUUGUUCAGCAAGCGUUGAUAGUGGAACUUACAGCGGCUAUGGAGAGGUCAAUGGAACUCAUGACAAGAUGCGGCAGAAAUUAGAUAAGGCGCAGUUUGUCUCGACCCUGGCGAAGAUACAGGAGAUGGCGCCGAACAUCCAGAGCACGAACAUGGGAACUGUCAGUAAUGGUUCCUCGGAAUACAGAGAUGAACAGAGGGAUCCUAAUCAGGAUAGCAGAUAUCCAGUCCCUGAGCUACAACUAGUAACAGCGCGAACAAGGCAGCUGGAAGAGGCGCGGGGCGGUGGCGAGAGACGGACUGAAGUGGCUCGUAGCGAGCUAGCCAGACUGUCCACCACCAGGCUGGAGCCAAGUGUGGCGCUCCGAAGGAAGGAGUUCGAGUCUAAAGUGGCCCGGAGAGAGGCUCGGUCUUUGGAUGUGCAGCCUCAACAAGACUUGGAGCACGAAGGCAUACCCCUCGGCGGCAGCUUGUCAGGCAACCAGCUCAUGAUCACCGGCAGCAAACACCUCCACUGUCCACCUCCAGAUGGAUUUGUGCCCGAAACAGAAAAGGUUCAAAUGCGAACAAGGUCGAACAGUACCGGAAGUGAAGGACUACCUAUUAGAAGACAUCAUGCCUCAGAUGGCAGUCACGCGAAGAGACGAAUGGGGCUGAACAGAGAACAAAUGGAGGCGAUGAAUCGCGUGUCGCUGCCGGGAGCGGCGCCGGCGCGGCCGACGCAGCUGAGUCUGUCGUCGCCGGCGCAGUCCGCCGCCACCUCGCCCUCGCCCACACCCACCACGCCCGCCGACUCAGGCUUUGCCGAUGACUUGGUGACGAGGCGACAGAAGAAAGAUGCGCAGCUUGGAGCAGAGGAAGAGCGAGCUAUGCGCCGGGUGUCGUAUCUGAAAGCGACGUGGGGCGACCGGCUGCACCUGGACAGCGAUGUGGAGCCUGAUGCUGAACACCAUGCGCUGAGGAGCGCGCACCGCAAGUGGCGCCCCCCUCGGUUCACGGAAGACAUUACGCCACUGCUGCGGAUUUUCGACCCUCACGCCUCUCUCCCUGGCCGCCCAGAAAAGAAGGGCGAAGAAGGGUCGCCAGAAGGCGCAGUGGAGGCAGCCGAGGGUGAUGUGGAGGGCAACGUGCAAGUCAAAAUGGUGGUCAGCAAUGGCAAGCGAGCUAGUGAUCGAUCGUGGAAGCAGGUGUGGGCCGUGCUGCAUGGGACUAAGCUGUAUCUCUACAGACACCAUCCCACUCAGAGCCCCGGCGCGGUGACAGGGACCGGCGCAGACGCAGCGAGCGGCUCGCGCGACGCACUAGACGUGCGCUACUCGCUAGCUGCGCUGGCUGACGACUACACUAAGAGGAAGCACGUGGUGCGAGUCACCACCGCCGCGGGCGCCGAACUGCUGCUACAGGCGGAAGGCGCAGCGGACGCGCAGAGAUGGCUAGCGGCAUUCCGGAGGCACUCAGCAGAACCGCAGCCAGCGGAGCCGGCGCCCCCCGCGCCCUCCGCCGCCGCCCCCGCGCCCGCCGACUGCCCCUCGCCCCUGCCACCGCAGCGAAGCAAGAAAAUCGGCAGAAACAGGUCCCCCACUGGGCCGCCAACACCUACUUUGCCGUCAUCGCCGAAGAACAAGACCUGGAAGGGUCGCAUGGCGAAACAGCUGCGCCGCAUGCAUGGAGGCGCUAGCACGCAGGCGCAGCCGACGACCACGGGCUGGCUGGGCGCGCCCCUGGAGCGAUGCCCCACCGACCCACAGAACCCGCUCGUGCCAAGAGCUGUUACCUUGCCUGCCCAGGCUGUUGAGGCGUAUGGCCUCCGCACAGUGGGCGUGUACCGCGUGCCAGGCAACGCGGCGGGCGUGGCGGCGCUGGCGGCGGCGCUGGACCGCGGGGAGCCGCCGCCAGAGGGCGACGCACGCUGGGCCGACGUGCACGUGGCUUCCAGUCUCUUGAAGGCGUACCUCAGGAGACUGCCUGAUCCGCUGCUGACGGCUGAACUUUACCCUGCUUUCAUUGCGGCGGACCGGUCCCCAGACCGAGCCCGCGAGUUACGCCGCCUCGUACACGCGCUCCCAGAAGCCCACUACGAGACACUCAAGUACCUGAUCCAGCACUUGCGCCGCGUGGUCGCGCACUCGUCCUUCAACAAGAUGGAGGCGAGAAACCUGGCCAUAGUGUUCGGCCCGACCCUCGUACGAGCGGCCAGCGACGACAUGCUAGCUAUGGUCAAUGAUAUGUCAAGCCAGUGCCGGAUUAUAGAGUCCUUCCUCACUCAUUACGAUUGGUACUUCGAAGAGGAAGAAGGCGACCCGCCUGUCGACCCCCCUACGGCAGCGGACGAGUUGUCCCCCGCGCCCGCGCCUUCCAGAGACCUCCUCAUACACAACGUGAAGAAGAUCGAAGGUGACCUACUCCUAUCAGCACUCAAAAGUAAAGACGUAUCGACCCGCGACAUCGUGUCGUCGAUAAUCUCGGCGGCGAACCGCAAGAUACAGCGCAAGCCGCGCAAGGCAGACAAGAAGUGGUUCGAGGAAGCGCGCGCCGAGCCGUCCCCCUCCCCGCCCGCCUCGCCGCUCACCUCGCCGCCCGCGCACCUCACCACCUCGCUGGCCGACUACGACGGCCUGCCCAGGUUCGCGCGCGACGCCACCAACAAGAUUGAAAUGGACUCGAUGGCAGCGCUGGGCCGCGGUCGCCAAGAGCUCUCGCGGCAUACGCAUGCGCUGAACAACUUCUCCAUCGAUGGAACCGGAGACCUGGUGUCCUCCCUGACGAGCACGUUCGACCAGAAGCUGCGCACGCUCAACAACUCGUCGCCCCUCGACGACGCCAGCAUCCCGUACGCGGACGAGUGCCACGACGAGCGCGACACGCACGACGAGCGCGACACCGGCAAGUCCAGCAGCUCCGUGUCGGAGGCCAGCCUGGCGGGCGCGGGGGGCGCGGGCGGCGCGGGAUCGGCGCGGGUGUCGCCAGCGGCGCGCGCGCACGAGCUCAAGGCGGCGUGGCUGGCGCGCGACACGCGCCACUCGUCCUCCAGCAGCAACGACGAGCCCGACGCGCGCCUGUGGGGGCGCCGCGGGCACGCGCGCGCCGACACCGACGACUCCGAGAAGGAGAACUGUGGCGUGCCCAAGAAGGCCAGCCCCGACGACGCCGGCCUCGACGACGACAAGGACGUCGACACGCGCUCGCAGAACUCCAGCGACGCGAUGCCGGACAACGACAAGACGAUCGAGCGCGUGCUGUACCCGGCGGCGGCGUACAACGGGCUGCGGCCCGCCAACCCCGAGAGCGGCAAGCGUAACAGCGCCGCGCUCGACGACGACGCCGACGGCGACGACGAGAACGAGGACCUCGACUGCGCCAAGCUGAAGCGCUCCGAGUCGCUCAACCGCGAGUCCGAGCGCAACGAGGCGCGCGUGCUGCGCUCCGAGAGCCUCAACUGCCGCGCCGAGCGCCUGCAGCGCUCCGAGUCCCUCAACAAGGGCGAGCGGCUCAGCAAGCUCGAGAAGGGCGAGUGGAACGUGGUGCGGCGCCGCGAGGCCGGCGCCUGGCGCUCCACCAAGCUCAAGCGGAAGAACGGCAUGCCGGAGCGCGGCAUCAAGCGGCGGCACACGGUGGGCGGCACCAAGGACUUCGACAAAGACGGGUGGAGCGCGCGACACACGCGGACCUCGUCGCCCGACCUGAGCGCCGCGGCCGUGUGGCCGGCGCCGCUGGUGCCGCCGCCGCGGCCGCCGCUCGAGUCCCACGUCUGACACUCGCUGUAAGCGCGGCGGCUGCGCCAUGCCCGACGCCCGCGAGGAUCCCCACGACACGGAUUGAAAGUACACGUCUCCUUAGUUGCUGACCUCUAUCGGUGCCUACUAGGUGGUGCUGUUUCACAUAGUUUUCUUUUGUAUUUUGAUGCUAAACGAACGAGUGUAAGAUUUAGGUUACAGAGAGUGAACGUUACAGCGAAUCGAAUAUUAUAACGAAUAUAAAACAACAACCAAGUCUGAUUAUCCGCUACACCACAUCGGUACUAUAACUUUCGUUUUGAGAGAGGCUAUUUAUUUUGAUUCGAUUCAAUUGACUGAAUAGAUUAGGUCACAAAUAUCUAAUUAUAAUUUAUAAUAUAUGAAAUAAUACUCAAAGUAUUUUAUGUCAUCUUAUAGCAUAUUGAGAUUAUUAAAUUCCGUGCAUAUUACAGAAUUGUAACCCAUUAUUACUCAUGUUAUAUCGCAUAAAAGAUGUAGGAUAAAACGAAUUAUUAAACUAGAGAGAAAUAUUCAAAAAAUAUGAUUUAAACGGUGCAAUACAUUGACGAAUAGAUGGAAAUUAUUGACGUCUAAAAAGAAAGUAAUACUAGUGGCAGCGUAAACUAAGCUCACUAAAUAAUGCCAAAGAAUGAUGAAGAAACUGAGAAUAACAUGGAUGUGCGGUGCGUACUAGAGACAGAACAUGAGGUGACUGGCGUGCAAGGCGAUGAUAGCAACGAAGCCAACCGAGCAUAUCAAUGGUAACCUUACAAGUAAGAUAAUUGCGGCACACCGUGCCAGCCAGUGGCGGUCCCGCCCGGCAGCCGGCUAGCUGCAGCCACUUGUGGCACCGGCUGCUGUGGGGUCAUUGACUUCUUGAGUGCAAAUAAAAAGCAUAAUAUUUAGUGCUAUUAGUGUAGUUAGUCGAGACAAUUAAAUGUUAUUUAGAUGAAUAUGACGCCUAAGGAUUUACUUAUAGCUUGUAGACAUACAUUAUCUGCCCCGUGGGGUACGUAUGACCACAUUAUAACACCACGUAAUUAUAAGGAUAUUCUGUAAGAUUUGUCGUUAAGUAAGUACUCCUGGAGUUUGAAAAUAGUGGUUGUUAAUGGAAAAUAAGUAAAGCAUACAUCACCUACUUGCCUUCGCAAUAGUAUUAGCGGAUUUGAAUUUAUUGCACAAUCUAUAAAAUAUUAAAUAGGUACCUUUAUGAAUCAGAGUUACCUUGUAGUCUUUUCUUGAUGAGAAAUAUGUUAAUGGCAAGUUUAAUAAAAAUAAUAAUAUUGAGAAGAUUGAUAGUGUAGAUGUCGAAGCUUGAAUUAAUUAAAUUUUAAAUGCGAUUGAUAAUCUUGAAUUGUAAAUAGUUGAUGCAAUAAUAAUAAUGUAUAUCUAUAGAAUGUAUGUACGAGAGCAGUCUCGCAGUAACUGACGGUAACAUAACACUACAUUACAGUGAUAAUAAUGAAAGUGAUCCCCUUAGCUAUGUAAAAAAUGUACAUUUCUUUUUAUGAUUAAUUUAUAUUAAAUUUGUUAUCGUAGCUUUGUUGAAUGCAAUUAUUUUUUAUUGUUUUGUUUAUCAAAGAAGUAUUUUAGGCUAAAUUCAAUUGUUAUUUAUUUGCGAAAGCUGUAAAAUGUGAUUUGGCACAAUUUCAUUUUAUGAAUGUAAUUUUACCUUGUAAAUAUUUCGUCAAGAAAAUUAUGUUUUAGAAUUUCGUUCUUUAACUUUUUGAAAAUUUUAUACCAUCUUUACGUUAAGACGAUCUCAAGUUUGUUGAAUGUUUGCAAAGCGUUCCUUUUAAAUUUUUAUUUGUAAAUAUUCAUUUAAUGUAGGGACAGUGAAUUUACUAUUGAUACAGCGUCGUAUUGUACGUAGAGUAGUGAGGGCGCCGCCGGCAUCGCAUAAAAGACAUUAUCGCCGGCGCGCGCGCUGCCGUGUCUGUUUGCAACAAAUUGUAAACAAGUAUUCAUGUUCUCUAUUCAUGUUCUUCGUGUAAUCAGCUAUAAAAUUCAAAUAAACCUUAAAGACAUUUUGCAAAUAUGGGCUAUCCAGAUUUACAAUACUUGUCAUUGUGUAUAUUUUGGAGCAAUGAAAAUAAAAUAUUGAAUCAAUUUAAAA